UCCUGCUGCACGCUCCACGAGGUAGAACGACGUACGUAGAGACGACGACGUUGAAGGACCGGUGUGCAACGUUACCGCGCGCAAGGCCCCCGAUUUCUCGCCCUCACGCAUCACGCAUCGGCGCCCCGUGUCAUCGCGCGUCGACCGCGACGAAAGUUUCGAACUCUCGCGCGCGAACGACGCAGGUGUCCUGAUCUCCUCUCCUGGUGUUUGUCCGCGAGAUUUGUUUGAUUCAUCCUUGGCUCGCUGUUCCUGUCACGCGGCACGCGAUAGGCUCGCGACUCCGCUCGAACGUUGGCGUGUUGUUGCUACUACUGCAUUCUCGAUCUUAACAAGGGGAUGAUGCCGUUUCUCAAAUUCGUCUCGAUGAUGAUGGAGCGUUCGGGAUAAAUCGCGAAAACUCUCUCCCCGAUCAGAGUCCGUGCAAAAGUGAGACUUGCCACUCGGUCGUGUCUCCCUUCGAUCUCGACCUCCGAUCCUCCGCACUCCGUUCCCGCGACUGAACGUUCACCGAUCGUCACUCCGCCGAAAGUAACUGCAUCGAUAUAUCGGGGACCCGCGACUUGGUCUCUCUCACCCGACGACGACGACGACGUAUCGCCCGUCCCCACCCGCGGGCAUCGCGCGUCCAGCCACGCGAUCAGCGAUCCGGAAGGUUUCGCACGGCAACGGUGACCAACGAGCCGGGCACUCUUAAUGGACACCUGAUCCACGGUGAUUGACCACGUCGCCCGGGCGCAUCGAGUUACGACCAACCAGGGUGACGAUGACACCGUCGAAACGUUGAAGCUCUUAUCGGACUUUGGCGAGACAGCCGUUGAUCAGAAGCUCGCUCUAAUUCGUGAUUGCGCGACACAGUGAGGUGGACCGAACGAUCGAGAGACUCGGAUUAGGUGGUGCUGUGGCGAUUCGAUCACAUGUGGGACCCAUGAGGGUAUGAGAGACGGUCGUGAACGGUGCGACGGGCCGGCCGAACGGCGAAGUGAGCCGCCCCCGCGGGCGUGUUGAGUGAGUAGCGCACCGGCCAGAGACUUCAACGCCCGGCGAGGAAGAUAACCGAGGGAUAUAACCAGACGGUGACGACCACGACCACGACCACGACAACGACGAAGCUAUUCGUAUUCAGAAGGCGACGAGGGGUUGAGCGGACACCUCGUCUAAUUCGGCGAGGUGCUGUCCGAGAUAGAGGAGGGUGGUGGGAAGAGAGGGUUGGAAGGAGGGUGGCGUGCUAUGAUCAGCAUGGAGCUUCCGGCACACGCGACGCAGCAUGGGGCUUUACAUCUGGGGGUCGGGGUCGGAGUUAAUCCCGGUGACCCAGCCGGAAGUGCCUUAGCCGCCAUUCAUCCGCAUCCUCAGGACCCUCUAGCCCUCCACCAUCAUAAUCACGGAGCUGCCACACCCGGAGGUAUGCAUGAGGACUCCAAGAAAAAACAUGACGGCGGCCACGGGAUGAACCAGGACGGUCACGGCGGAGUCAACCAGCUCGGUGGCGUCUUCGUGAACGGAAGGCCCCUACCGGAUGUAGUGAGGCAGAGGAUCGUCGAGCUCGCGCACAGCGGCGUCCGACCGUGCGACAUUUCGAGACAACUCAGGGUAUCUCACGGCUGUGUAUCCAAGAUACUGUCGAGGUAUUACGAGACCGGCAGCUUCAAGGCUGGCGUCAUAGGAGGCUCGAAGCCAAAGGUAGCGACGCCGCCGGUCGUCGACGCGAUCGCCAAUUACAAGAGGGACAACCCGACGAUGUUCGCGUGGGAGAUCAGGGACAGAUUGCUGGCCGAGGGCAUUUGCUCGCAGGACAACGUGCCAUCCGUCUCCUCCAUCAAUCGGAUCGUGAGGAACAAGGCAGCGGAGAAGGCGAAGCACGCGCAUCAGCAACAGCAAGCGCAGCAGCAGCAAGGUCAGCAGCAAGGCCAGCCGGGAUCGGGCGGUUCCGUGUCGGUGAUAGCACAUGCACCUGCGACGGCGGCGGGUCAUCCCGCCGCCACCGCGCCCAACGCCUACAGCAUCAGCGGCAUCCUGGGCAUCCCGUCGCAUCAUCAGGACCCCAACGGCAACAGCAUCAAGAGGAAGCGCAGCGUCGACGGCGAUACCCGUGAUCUGAAUGACCACGCCGAGAACGACUUGAAGAGGCAGCGAAGCAACUACAACGGCGACCAGCUGUAUUCUAACCUGUGGUCGAGUAAAUGGAGCAUCAAGGACGAGCACAAGCUCCUGAGCGAACUCGGGGGUGCCGGCGGUGGCGGCGGUGCGACCGGCGGCGGUACGAACGGCGGUGGAAACGGCGGUGGCGGCGGUGGCGGUGGUGGCGGCGGAGGUGGUGGAAACGCCGCUGGUGGUGGCGGCGGCGGUGGUGGCGGCGGUGGCGGCGGCGGCGGCGGUUACUACGAACACGGUGGAUUCCCCGGGAACGCUAUUGCCACCUCCGCCGAGCUGUACGACUCCCUGGGCACCAUCAGCACGAUGACGCAGGCGCAAACUCCUCAUCUCUACACCCCGCCCAUAGGGGGUACCAUAGCAGGUGGUACUUUGACGCCGCUCGCGCCACUGACGAUGCAAGAGCUAAAAUUGAGCCAAACAUUGGACGGGGCUAACAUGUCUCCUUACCACACCACCGCAGAGAGCAGUACCGUGGCAGUAUCGUAUGUCGGGGUGGGGGCCGGCGGGGGCGAGCAGAGUCCCCCGAUUUCGUUGCAGAACGAGACAAACGCCACCCCCGCGGCCCCCAACACCCCCGGAGGGGAUCCCGGACUGACGGUCUUGCAGCCGCCAGUUUCUCAACCCCAGGUAGCCUCUGCGAUACCGCCGUACUCGACGAUGCUCCCAAGUUUCGGACACUACGCAACCGGUGGUGGCGAUUACGCGUACAGCGCAGCGUACUCCCAGUACUCGAGCGCGCCGUAUAGCAGCUACGGUUACGGAGCAGCGACAAGCGGGUUGCUCAACUCCACGUACUAUUACUGCAACGGAGACACGUCCAGUCACGCGGCGCAACAGGGCGGCGGGGGCUGCAGCAACGGCGGUCCAGAGAACAGCGCCGACGUGGCCAGUCGCUCACCCCUGGCGGCCACCCGGGCCAGCAGCGGGGCCAGCGCGGCCUCACCGACCGGAAGUGCGUGCACGAAGCCGGACCACGCGACCGCCACGCCGACGGACCUCUAUCUGGCUUGAUGAUCGAGCCGAGGGAACGACGAGGGAAGAACUCGUGGUCGAGAGAGCUUCUCGGCGGUCGGCGGAGGGACGGCGAGCUGCGACAACGGACGCCAUAUCACGAAGAGACACCACGUCGGAAUUAAGCAAUGAUCUCCUUUUUAUGCACCGCGAACCGGAAACGGCGGGACACGAGCGAGGUUCGGGGCACGAGGAUAUCGCCCGGUGGAUUCGGGACGACGAGGGAAGCCGCCGGGGGAGAGCAUCAGGGUGAUACCACGAGCGCUCUCCUUUUCUCUCAAUGAACCUGCUGGUCAAUGAGCGACGUCCAGAACGGGGAACGUUGAAGAGGACUCAACAGCCGCGCUUCGAACUUCAUCGCGCUCACGAUGACGAUUUUAUUAACGCGACAGGACUUGAGCGAACGAGCGCGCGGUGCGACGUCGGCGUGCAGUUCCUUCCGCUUCCAUUACCAUGAAAAUGUCCUCACGUCUUAUUUAUUCCUCAUUAUCCACAGGGAUCGGGUCUGGCUCGGUCUGGAGAUGCUGACGGCGACGAAGCGAACGGAACUUGAACGCCCGGGUGCGAGACCUCGUCGAGGAGACAGCGUCGCCGCUCUCCGUAGAGCGCGCGCGCGCGCGCGGCGAUAGAUAGUUUAAUUUAACGAUCCUCAGUUAGCGUAAUUCUCUUUCUCACGCGAGAUGGUUGCGGCCGCCCUCGCGAGCACGCCCUCGCGUGGGCGAUAUGCAGUCCCCGACCAUGUAAAUAUAUAUAAAAAUUGAACAUAUGCAUAUAUAAAUAUAUAAAUAAGAACACAAAAAAUAUAUAUAUAUAUAUAUAAAAGACCCGUGUAAACAAGAGUCAAGCCCCGAUGGCACGUUUUCUUCCCCCGUAGGCACGACGACAUCCCUCACCUCUAUCCCUUAAGAGUAUCGUAGAGUGUAACUCGAUAAGUUUGAGAUUUUUAAAUCAGAAGUCGACGUAAACGAUCACUACUGUUAAGGAUAUUAUAUAUAUUUUUUGUAGAAACCAAAGACCACAUACUCACACUCACACGCGCGCGAGUUAGUCUAACAUACGUAAAUCUACACACACACACACACAUACAUACACAUACGACACACAUGCACACAUGUAACACGCAUACGUACAUGUAUGCACGCGGCAAGCACCUGAAGCACGCAUGCACGCACGCACGCACGCACUGAGACACACACAGAGGUACACACGUACACGCGAAUGCGGAUCGUCGAACGGACGAGCACGUCGCGACGGCUGUUGGAAAGAAAGCUGGCUUGGAAGCCAAUUGAAAAUAAAUAAAAAAUUGUCCGCACAAAAAUGUCCUGUUACCCUUCUGAAAAAUUGAGAAAAUUGCAAUUACCCUCGGCAAGUUCAGCAAGGGUGAAUAAUAAAGGGAGAUUUGUGUGAAUCAUUGUUCACUGGAUUACUCUUUCCGGUUUAACAGAAAAUUUGGUUGAGACCACAAGUACGUCGUAGUCGCGAGUAAUACGUAGUCGGGUUGCAAACAUUGCUGUUCAUUCCUCGUAAUUAGCGCGAGUCGGCGCGUGGACACUUCCUCGACGGCUCGGCGAUCAUGCUCGUUCUCCCGUUCCGUUCGACGCCUCCGCUGCGCUUCCGCCUUGUGGCUGAAGCCGCACUGCUUCCCGCUCUCCGUCGGGCGGAACGUGCUGGAGAUUAUCACGCAGGUGCAAUUAGCGUCGGAGAUUCCUUAAUGAGAAAUUACUCUCGCGGGCGCACGCAUGUUCCCCGAUUUGAUGAUCAUUUGUUGAUCGUUGACUCCGCGGCGGCACGCGCUACCAAUUUUCAGUUACUCAAGUCAGUCCGAUAGGUAACGUUGCAGAUAGAAAACAGUACCGCGAUCCGCUUAAUCCGACAGUUUCUAGUCACGUUUGAAAUGCGCCAAAACAGAGGUAACUGUUCGUAAUAAUAGUGGAAAAUAAAUUGACAAAAGAAACGCGCCCACUAGAGCUAAGUAGCAUUUCGAUUUAAUACAUUGAUGUGUAAAAUUUCUUAGCUCCGUCGUAGAAUGUCAAUUUCGAGUGCGUUCGCGAAAUUGAGAUUACCGUCAUUGGUCAAAUUCCCGAAUCUCUCGCACGAUGUUCCGUCCGCAUUGAUCGCCCCCCGUCCGAGAAUUAGAUCGUACAAUUCGUCGCGAGGAUCAAACGUUUCGUCAUCACCGUCACGCUCUUCAUUGAUCUACCUUUUGAUUUGUUCCGUCGUGAAAGCACAAUUAGCAAGCGCAAGAGAAAUCUCUGUAUUACUGGUCGCAACUGCAAAUUAUUUGCGAUCUCCAAUGUGCCGCACGGUAGCAUGAUCCAAAACCGAAAGAGAAAAA